AUGCUAUCGUGGCGGUUUCUCCGGGUUGUUGGGAGAGCGCCCUCUAUACUUUUCGUUGCACGGAACAACCGUUCUUUAGUUGCCAAGGCUUUUUUGACGAGAUCAUUAGCAAUGUCCUCGGAAAAUGGAGGCGCACCGACCGACGAAAAAGCCGCUCCUUUAGGGUAAGACGCGAAGUUGGUUUCUCUUGCAUCAUGUUUUAAUAUUAAUUGAUCGAUCAUUUAUUCCAUUGAUUGUUCAUUUUUUGGGUUUCAGUCCGGAUGGAAAGCCAUUGUCUAAAAAUGCUUUGAAAAAACUUGAGAAAGAGAAAGAAAAAGAGAGGAAAAAGGCCGAAAGGGAGGCGAAGCAGGUUGGAAAAAUUCUUAAUAGUAUGACCUUAAUAAUUUUGCUAUUAUCGGUUUAGCACGCGGGGAUUGUAAAGUUUGCCCAAAAAUAGGAUUAAAUAUCGAAAGUGGAACAGUCUUUGUGAUAAGCGAAAGGUGGGUAAAUACAUUCAGUAUUUAUUUGAUAAAAUUUCGUCUUUGCUUCCACUGAGUUUUUUUAAAAAGUUGCUAACAAUUGAAACCAAUACUCAGCGAAUGGGCGAUCAGUAUGGAUUCUUUUGUUUGAAUUUUUGUCAAGGAAUUUUUUAAAUAUCUUGUCAUUUUUUUGGAAUACAGUUCCAUGGUUGGUCACAUAAUGCUCUGACAGAUUAUGUUUUUAUAUAAAAUGAGUGUUAUGCUUUUUGGCCUCACCCAUGAAACCUAGGUUGCUCAAAAUUAUGCUUGCCUGGAGGAAUUAUGCUUCUAAUAUUGUGUGGAAUUAAAAUGAAGCAGACAGUCUGACUUUACAGAGAGGUGGGUGGGGAUGAACCAAAAAGAAAUGGUUUUCUAGAAAUAUAUUAAUGACUGGUUUUGUUUUGUGUCUAGGCUGAGGAGGCUGGCGCAAAAGAUGCAGAGGUAAGAUCUUUACUCCGUGGGAGGGGAUGCUCCUGGAAAAUUCCGAUGGGGUGUGCGGCUUCCUGGAACUCGUACCCUACAUACAUGUAUUAGACCAAAAUACAUGAAGAUGAUGUUCCCUUUUCUGUAACAGAGCUGAACCACUCUUCUUGUUAAAAGAUACCCAGCAAAAAAAAUAUUUCAUUUAUAUAUCCAAUUCCAGCCCUGUUUCCAGGGAAAACAAUGCUUUUGUUUGUCAUUCUAAGAAAAUUUCACUAUUGUUUUGAAAAGUUUAAGAUUUGUGGGUUAACUAAAUCAAAAAAAAUUCCCACACCUUUCAGAGUCGUCUGCAUAAUUACGUACUUGGCCUGUAGAUGUUAGUUAUAAUAAGGUGCAAUUCUCACAGAAAAAGUCCAUCCUUUGGGCAACAGGACAUUACACCCUAGGAACACACUUAACAGACUCAAAGAAAAAGUGAUACAUGGUUGUGUACCCGCUUGUAUCAGGUUCUGGUGACCGAUUAGAAGAUUGCGCAGGCCAAUAAUCGGCAACAGCAAUUAUUGUUAUUAAGUCAGUAGAUCAUAAAGCAACUCAGGGGAGUGAUGAUGACCCAUGUUUGACACAUAAGGGAGCUUUUGCAAUGAUGGCAGCAAAGGCAAUGAGGAUGUCAAAAAAACAUUACAAAUUAAUGUAGGUUUAACAAGCAAAUCAACAAACUCUGCACUGCAGCACACUUUCUUGUUCAUUUCAUUUCAUUUGCUGUCAAUGCAUGACUACAAUGUGAAAUUCCCUCACAGUACAUUAUUUUUAUGGAGGACUUAAACACUACACAAUAAAAUUUUUCUCUCUUUCUUAACUUAGCUUUGGUACCCAAGAAUUCAAUUCCAGGGAAAUUAACUUGCAUUUGACAUUUCAAGGCACUUGAAAUAAUCACAAAAACUUUGAAAAAAUGGGAAACGUUUUUAUAGUGAUGUAUUUGCUGCUAUCGCUGUCAUCAUUGCUUAGGCUUUCUAUUAAUUCUCAUGCUCAGGAGGGGAUGGUAUAGGUAUAAGUAUUGUAAUCCCUGAUGUUGUGCAACCACUGCAAUGANCUGUCAAUGCAUGACUACAAUGUGAAAUUCCCUCACAGUACAUUAUUUUUAUGGAGGACUUAAACACUACACAAUAAAAUUUUUCUCUCUUUCUUAACUUAGCUUUGGUACCCAAGAAUUCAAUUCCAGGGAAAUUAACUUGCAUUUGACAUUUCAAGGCACUUGAAAUAAUCACAAAAACUUUGAAAAAAUGGGAAACGUUUUUAUAGUGAUGUAUUUGCUGCUAUCGCUGUCAUCAUUGCUUAGGCUUUCUAUUAAUUCUCAUGCUCAGGAGGGGAUGGUAUAGGUAUAAGUAUUGUAAUCCCUGAUGUUGUGCAACCACUGCAAUGACAUUUAAUUUUUUUCUGUUAGUGGAUGAAGUCCCAUUUUAUUACUAUAAUUAUGAUCUUUUGGUCACACUAAUGUGCCCACCUUUUUUGUUGUUGAGAUAAUGAAGCCCUCCAUACCCUGAACAUGCAAGGAAUCACAUUUUUAUGACAUACUGGUGACAAAUUUUAACAAUUUUUUCAUCCAAAUCAACAGGACUAUUCAAAAGAUCGUUAUGCCAUUCUUCCAAUGGCACAGUCUCAGGAGAAAACUUGUAAGUUUAUUUUAGUAAUAAUGUUGACAUAAUCUUCUUUAUUAUUACUUAAAAAGUCAAAUACACCUUGUUUGUCCUUCUGUACACAGUAUAUGUAGAUCAAUCAAGUCUUUCUAACCUGAACACUGUGUGACUGGCACUAAAUUGUAACAGAGGAGCUCUUUCUGCGCACAAAAAACUUGCAGUGGAGAACCAUGGGUAAUAAAAUUUGGUUAUCUAUACAUACAAGACAUUUUGGUUGUGACAGAAUCAUCUGUCUAUACAUCCAUCCCUUCAUGUUAGCCGAUGUAAAAAGUGACACCUGCUAGCUUGGAGUUCAGGGCAUAUACAAUCUGUGUUUAGCUUGAGAUGGUGAAAGCUGAAUUACUUCAAAAGGACUGUUCUUUAAGGAUCCUACAAGGGCUUUGCUUUUAUAGCUGGCAAAAUCUAUAUAAUUAUUAUCCGUCUUAGAAUAGAGAGAUGUUCUUACCAAUGUAGUUGUUAAUAUAGGUUUUUGGACUAUGCAAGGAAUUCAUAGUUAAGGAAUUUGUGUAGCCUCGUACACACCCAGCAGGUGUACACCUUGUGAAACGAAGUUUCAACACCCUUUUGGAAGUUGGGUGGCAAAAUGACAUGGACAAUAAUCACGUGUUAGCCAUCACAGAACAAAAGAUGUUUUCUGACGACCGCAAAGUCUGGUCACGCUAGAAAUGUUGAUUACGUGGAUGACAAGUGAAAUGAAAUCCCGCAUGCGAGCCACUGCCCCUCUGAGAAGUGGUUACCAGUCCCUUGUCCCAGUGCACAAAUCAGCCUGAUCUGCUUAUCCCGGACAGAAGAACUGCGUCUAAAGGGCAAGGAUCAGGGUUUGCAAAUACGCCAAAUUUGGCGUAUUUUAUGCCAAAAUUGUUCAGAUAACUCCACAGAGGUUACGGAGGGAGUUACUUCGACACCAGAAAUUUUUGGUGACAAACAGGUAGCCACUUCGACUCCAGAAAUUUUUGGUAACAAACACAGUUUUGUCCUUACCUUUUUCGCAACAAAUACAAUUUACAUUAUUGUAAAUGUUGUAAACCUUAAUUAAAUCAUGAAAAUUAAAGAAUUAUACUGCACGACAAAGAAGGAAGAGGGUAAAUUACGAUCAAAGUUUACUCGAUGACCACCGUCAUGGAUUUGAGCUUUCCAGGUCAGCGGACUCCCACAGCUACUUCGUGUAUCCCUCACAAUAGUGCGUACAUGCCAGGACCACGUGCUGGAAAGUCUGAAAAUGGCUUUUGUCGUUGUGAUACUUGACUCCAAAUAUUCCAAAAUGACUCCAAAAUUUGUGAAGCAGAAGUCACAGUGACUCCACUCAUCAAUAAAAUUUGCAAACCCUGGCAAUGAUGUUACCACAAUGACAGCAAAGGUCCGAGGAGAAGACGAAGAAAGGACAACAAAGAUAUUUGUGUCCGUGUCAGGUCCUUAGAUUAUUUGAUGAAAGAACCUGAUCUGCUAAAAAGCCUUUACGGAGUUAUCCUUUGAUUUAGAGAAAAUGAGGUAGCAGUGGCAGGGGACAUUUCUAAGAUGUACCAUAGAGUCCUUAUCCCUGAACAGGAUCAGCAAGUUCACCGGUAUUCAGAGAGAAAUAUGGAAACUGAAGGCGGGCCUGAUGUAUUUGUGCUUAAACUGUGCUUACAUUCAGAGACAAACCUGCACCUGCCAUGGUGCGACAACAGUUACAACGAUUAGAAAGACCUACUGGAUCCUUAGAGCUCAGAAUUUAGCUAAGACCAUAAAGUUCAGAUGUGUACCCUGCUGAGAAUUAGAAGCUAAGGUGGAAACACAAUUUAUGGCUGAUCUACCAAAAACCCGUCUACAAACAUUUAUGCCUCUAUUCUAUUACACAGCAUGUGACUAUUUUGGCCCUUACAUAGCAAAAAUCAGUAGAAACAAGACCGCAAAGCAUUAUGGAGUCAUCUCCACUUGCCUGAACACAAGAGCAGUGCAGCUAUGAUGUUGCGUGACAACAGUACGCAGUUAGUUGGCGCAGAAUGUGAGCUACAAGAUAUGAUCAAGGGAUGGGAUGUGAAGCAGCUAAAGGAACUCAGUGCAGAAAAGAGAAUGAAAUGGCAGUUUUCUACACUAGCAGCGCCACAUCAGAAUGGCUGCGCAGAAUCUUUAAUGAACAGUACCAAGAUUGCCCUGAAAAGAGGAAUAGGAGAGCAAGUACUAACACCCUUUGAAUUGUACACCUGCUUACUGGAUGAAACAUUAUCAGUUAUACAAUUGCGAGUAUUCUUCGGUAGUGGAUCGUCUUAGUUCUCCUGCAAAACAAGGUUGUCUGUUAAGAGAAAGAUAGUAUUGUUAGAGCUGCAAAUAUCAGUCAGUCAUUGGACAAUAGGGCCAUUUAUACGAGGAAAAAUAAGACGCGUCUUAAAUAAGACGCGAACUGUACCAUUUAUACGAGCAUGUCUUAUCUAAUAAGACGCAUCUUAGCUAAGCCGCGUCUUAUUUUAGAUGAAAUGUGCCGUUUAAACGGAAAGUUCGCGUCUUAUUUAAGACGCGUCUUAUGUAAGACGCGUCUUAUUUUUCCUCAUAUAAAUGGCCCUAAUGUCUCCCUGUAAUAUUAUUGGCUCAUGUCCGAAAAACAAAAAUUUAUUAACUGUGGACAAAGUUAAUAUCAAAGACUAUCAUUUUUCAGAUGAUUAAAGUCUUAUCCACAGUGCUUGUAAUUUUGAAUUUUUUACGAAGGAAAAAAAUUGUUGUGUUGAGUAUAUGGUGGUAAUAUUAUUCUACUCAUGUUUGCCUUGCCAAUUUUUUGCUAAAUACACAUAAUAAUGCGCCCAUGUUUUGGUUCAACCACCUUUUUGUUUUGUCCAACCAAAAUGGUGACUAAGCUGGACAUCUGUUCUUUCAAGAAACAAAAUCACAGCUCUGGUACUUAUGCUUCAGCACAAUCUUUUUCCAAGAAGGCAAAGUUAAUGAUCAAAUCUUCAUGUGAUCCACUUUGUGGGUAAUCAUCACAAAGAGUCAAGUCUUUCUUAACCCUUUAGGUCCUAAAAGUUACAAACAUCAAUUUUCUCCUUAAAAUAUCAAUACACAAUCAAGAGAAAAGACUAGGUUGUUAGACUUAAUGAAUUAAACACCUAAGAGAAAAUGCUUUGAUCUUCUAUCAAAUUCUCUCAACUUGUUCUUUAUGGAAAUUCAUAGGGACCAGUUUCGAGAAUUUGUAUGCGGAUAUUGGGGCUUAUAGGGUCAAUGGACACCUCUGUGAUGUGGAAGUCGUCCUAAAAUGGAUAACUAGGGUUUUGACCCUAUUUAACCCUUUAGUUUGCCCCAAGUGACUCCAUGAUAACAGCCUGAAAUGAUAACUUGUGCCGUAUGUUGUUUUUACAGCCAAAGUUUGGACCAAAGUUAAAGACUUGACAUCAGAGGCUGUUGGUAAAAGGGUCUUGGUAAGAGCUCGGCUUCACACUACAAGAGGAACAGGUUUGUUUCUUAUCUUAAGCUGGAUUAUUUCAAUAAUUCUUCCAUAUAUUGUUUAGUUUCUGGUACUGUUUUGUGAUAGGUAAGCAGUGUUUUAUGAUCUUGCGUGAUCGCCAGUACACUGUCCAAGGAGUCUGUGCUGUCAAUGAUGUCAUCAGUAAAGCAAUGGUGAAGUUUGCCGCAGGGUAAUGAUGUUUAUUUCUUUGCAAAAACAUCAAAACCAAGAUUUUAUUGAGCAAAUAGUAAUCACAUAUACUAAAGAUGAUCGAGCUGCAAGGAGCAUAACUUCUCUCUGUUGUAUUUUGGAAGUUUUACAUUCAAACCUGUAUUGAGCUUCCACCUUGGCUGAAAGGAACUGUAACAACCUUAGAGACCUCAAACGCAAACAUCAUUAGAUGCAUGUAGAGUUAUAAUAAUCUUACUCAAGUAAAACCACUUUAAACAAUGCUUAUUUUCCUUGAAUUCAUGUUGCUGACAGCAGACAGCAGAACAAUUCCACAAUUUUUUGUCUCUUUGCCAUACAAACAAUCCCAGGUUGGAGUCCCAGCUCAUAUGUUUUUUCCCUUGGUCAUCUUAAAGAGUGGCUUUGGGGGUGUACUGACAACUUUUCAUCUCUCUCUGAAUAGAUAAAUUUAUGACAUAUAGAUGUACAUUAAUUUAUGUGGUAGUUAAGUGUUAAAGACAAAGUACACUAUAGUUCUUUUACACAUAACUCUGGGUUACUUGGCUCGAUGAUGCUCAAAUUGUUGUUUUUUUUUUUUUCUUUUAAUUUAAUUUCAUUGGAUCAUGAUUUACAUUUUUUUGGCAAUAUUCUGCAAAAAAUAAAGCAGUAGCCACAUACAUGUACAUAGACUGCCUUUUAUUUUCAAAAUGGGAUCGAUGAUUUUGUCUUACGCAACACUGUAACUUCUGUACAUAUUGUGCUACAGUAAUAAAAGGUGCUCUCCUAACCUCUUGGCUUAAUUUUUUUUGACAGGAUAAACAGGGAAUCCAUUAUCGAUGUUGAGGGAGAAGUUAAAUCUGUAGAUCAGAAAGUGCAGAGUUGUUCUCAAGAAGAUGUGGAAAUCUCUGUUGAUAAGGUAUAUACGCACUGUUCAAGAAAAUAAUAUUCAGUUUUUUCAUCAUUUCUAUUAAUAACAAUAAAACGUUGACAAAUAAUAAUUUAUGGGAAAAUUGUGGGUGUGGCAUGUCUGUUAGAACAUCUAAAACAAUCUGUCUGUGUUCAUAAAUAAAAUUUAUUUAUUUAAUAAAUUACUUCUUGAAGACAAAAUAAUACAGAUGGAUCCCAAUUUAUCAAAAAGAAACAGGAAAAAUUCUUCGCUUCUGAUGUCGGGAUAUGGAGUAUUAUUUUUUGCCUUGACAGAGUAAAUUCUUUGUGUACUUUAGUAUUGGUUUUCUACGUAAACAAAAAUUUUCUAUGUUGAGCUUAUUUCUUGUUGUUUCUCAGUAGUUUUUGUUGUGAUGGAUAUUUCCUUCUACCCUUAUGUCAGAUUAAUACCAACAAAAAAAUUGUUUUAUUUCUGCCCUCUAUGAACUUAUGCUGUCAUGAAUGAAUGACUUCAGCUAAUUGCUGCAAAUGUUGGGCAAAAACUAUUUUCCCAAAAAAUUGAGCUUCUCAAAUUAAGCUUGAAGGUGCCUUUUCUGCCCAGUUUUUGUAGUUUUAGGCCUGUUCAGUUAACAGAAAACCAUUUUGUGUCUUUCAUUACCGAUGAUUUUAUCAUAUUUUCCUAGAUUUUUGUGGUGAGCUUGGCAGAGCCUAGACUACCUCUUCAGAUAGAAGAUGCAUCACGCCCUGAAACUGAUGAUGUAAGGACUAAAUCUACUACAUGAGAUGCCCUGAACAUUGUGUAUCAUUUGUGUUCAAAUAUUAUCCUUGGCGUAUGUUGAAGAUCAGUUUUGUCCCUGGUUUAAGUUUUAUUUCCCCUUGUUUCAAACUCAAACUCAAACUUUGGAGGGGCUUAUCUACGGAGGGAAAUUUGCGUUUCAAAAUCGAUUGGGCUAACCUUAUAGAUGGAAGUAAAUUUACCGUUUUUGCUUUGUUUUACUUUGUAUUUGAGGGCAAUUUUCCAAGUACAACCCCCGGGGGGCUUAUAUUUGGAGGGACGAUUUAACGGAGGGUUUUUUGCAUUACCGGUUUGGGGGGCUUAUAUUUGGAAGGGCUUAUAUAUGUAGGGGCUUAUUUUCGGAAUUUUACGGUACCUCAGAACAAAAGAAAAUAGAAUUUAAACCAAGGAUGAAAGUAAACCACAACAUUACAUAUAUUUUCCUAUGGUUUGUUUAUGGUAAUGUAUGAAAAUGCAGCUGAAAGAAAGAAAAUUAUAUUAAACCAAGGAUAAAACAGAACCGCAAGAUACACAUCAACUGAAAAUGGCCUUUACAUUACAUUAUUGGGAGAUUCAAUUUUUUCUGCUUGUUGUUGUUUUUUUGAGGUUCAAUAUACUUGGUUAUUUAAUACUCUUUACAUGUUAAGGUUUGUGGAGGUGUGUGUGGCCAAGUGGUUAACACCUCAAACUCCGGAUCUAGAGGUCUGGGGUUCAAGCCUUGCCCGUUGUGUUGUUUCCUUAGACAAGGAACUAUACUCCACUUUGUCUCUCUUCACCCAGGUGUGUAAAUGUGUACCGGCAACAUACUGCUGGGGGGUAACCCUGUGAUGGACUAGCAUCCCAUCCAGGGGGGAGUAGCAAUACUCCUAGGCAUGCUUCAUGCUUAGGAAACCAGGAUAAGCUUCAGCCAUUUAAGCCUUUGGCUCGUGUGUGACUUUACCAUUUACUUUGCAUGUUAAGAUUAUUCUGUGUCUGUCAAAUCUGCGGCCAUCUCUCUAUGACUGAAUGGUAGGGAUGCAACUCUUGGUACCCAUUUCAUUUAGGUGUACAACCACCAUAUUAGUCUUCCAUUACAAGAGAGCUGACUGUCUGUGUAUUCUUGAUUGUUUUUUAAAUUUCUUGGGAGCAGAGUGGGUGCACGAGUCUUGAACUUGGAUCUCUGGAUUACUAGUCCAUCACUCUGAUUGGGCACUUGACCAUGCUACCUUCCCUAAGCCAGGGUUACAGAUGAUAUGGUGCUGAUUUAACCUUAAAGCCCCAGGAUCCACAUACAAAUUCUCCAGACUGAUCUCCAUACAUUUUUUUAAGAAUAGUUGGGAGAAUUUGGUUUAAGAUCAAAGCAUUCCCCCUUUGUUAAUCAGUUUAGUAAUUCUCAUAACCUUUACUCUUGAUGAUCUGCUGAUGUUGUUAGGAGAAAAUUGAUGUUGGUUGCUCUUGGGACUUAAAUGGUUAAUUCCAUGUCUUCUAAUUCCAAAAUAUAGCCAAUCAAACACUCCAAUUUCAUUUGUUAUGGGGUAAUUAAGCUAAUCAAGUCAAGAUCUCAUUGUUUGAAAUUUUAAGGGUCCGUUCCAUUGGGAUGAUCUGGAUCAGAAUCAGUGAUCUGAGAUCACUCUGAUCUGAGCAAAUCAAAAGAACUGAUUAAUCCACCCUGGAAAAGGAUACAUUGGCUCAUUUGAUGUACCACAAUCCAAGUCAUCUCCUAUCACUGAUCCUGAUCUGGAUUUAUCCUAAAGGAACUUCCUUAAAUUUAAGUGAAUAUUUUUGGAUCAUUUCAGGAGCAAGCUCAUGUUAACCAGGACACCCGUUUGGACAACAGAAUUAUUGACCUAAGGGUUUGUUGUUAUUAAUUUUGUGUACAUCUUGCCAUGUUUGUUGAUUAUUGACCAUUCUAUUAUUAUGUCCAUUAGCAUUUAGGAAAAUUUAUCAUUUUUUUUUCUUUAUGUUGCAGACUGUUCCUAACCAAGCUAUUUUCAGCAUUCAAGCUGGUGUCUGCAAUUUAUUCCGAGAAUUCCUCACUUCUCAAGGAUUUAAUGAAAUACACACUCCCAAGAUAAUUUCAGGUUUGAUCUAUUUGUAAUUUAUUCUGAUUAAAAUUAUGCCAACUUUAACUAUUCUCAAGGGUCGUGUCUAUAAUUAGGUGGAGAAACCAGGAGAAAAAAUUGGCCUUUGUCAAGCCACCCCCUCCCAUCCAUCCCACCUUAAAUGCCCUCUCUGAAGGAAUCUUAUGUUGAAGUGCUGUUGACCAGCAACUGAACUUAAUUAUCCCUUGGGUCCCCUCGCACCUCAGCCAAAAACAAGUCAGUAAAUCUGUUUGGACAUCUUUAAUAAACAAUCCAAGGACUUGAGAAAAGCCCCCAGGGUGGGAGGGAGGAAAAGAAAACAGCACCCCAAACGACUGAGCGAUUAUUAGUCAAAUCCCAUCUGGGGGAGGGGGUAAGUAAAAAUAGUACUCGGUGUUUUGUAGAAGUCACCAUGUGGGCUACGUUUCCUUGAAAUAGCAACUGUAUGUCCUGGUGCAUAUCCCAGGGGCUGCCAUAUACAUGCCAUACAGUAGAUACCUGCUGCUGUGAAUUGCAAAUGAAGACUGUCAGUGAACUUGCAGAGUGUUUAGCACAGAUUCCACCUAAAAUAGCUUUGUACGGACUUCUUUUUAAAUACAAUUACGUGGGAUGUUUUCUGCUUAUUUGCUGUGAAGGGUGUGGUUUUCAAGCAAAUAUGUCUGGGAUAGGGUAUAAAAAUCGUAGAGUUUGGGUCUAGAAUAGGGUAUCAUUUUCCAGCAAACUGAAGAAUUGGUUGAAAACUUUAGCUUAGACCAGGGAAACUGGGAAUUAACAUUCAAAAAUAUGAAAUUUACCCGCAACUCAAUUUGAUAGCAAAGAAAUUGUCAACCUCAGUAGUUUUUGGGAAAUAGUGACUUUUGGUUAGGGUGGGAUUUUGGGAGUUUAGUCUAGUAUAGGAGCUUCAGCUGAACUAGCUCUGGCAUAGGCUGAGGGGUCCGGGGUUCCAGCAGUACAUCCUCCCCAUAAAAAUCGCUAAAUUACCCCCCAAUACAUAUGCAUUCUUUGGCUAUUUAAUUAAUGUAAUGCUCAACUUGUUUUUUUUUGUUGUUGUUAUUUUAUUUUAUAGCUGCCAGUGAAGGGGGCGCAAAUGUAUUUGAAGUUACUUAUUUUAAAGGUACUAUAAGCUCUCAGUCAACUUGACAUAUUAAAAAAAUUGUGAAAUAUGUUUAUUUUGUCAUUUUGUAACAUGUGGUAAUGAAAAACAGUGUAACAGUGAAAUGAUGUUAAUGAAGUUGUAUUAGGAGUAAGUUUUUUGGGGGGUCAAUAUCUUUGUAGAGUAAUGUGACUGUAUUCUCUUUUUUUUUAUUUCUCAUCCCCUCACAGGCAAAGCUUACUUAGCUCAGUCUCCUCAACUAUACAAGCAAAUGGUCCUUUGUGCUGACUUUGACAGAGUCUUCACCAUUGGCUCAGGUAUAAAAACCAUUUGACAAGCGACAUUUUUGCCAGAAAGGUGGUCGUGAUUACAAUCAUGGAAAAAACAAUAUUUCAUUCGCAAAAUGUUAAAAAAGGCAAAACUAGUGCAAUAGCUUUGUGUACUUUUAGUCUUUGGUUGCUUUUUAAACGUCAUAGAUAUGAAUUACCUUGUUGCUUGAGGUAGUUUUUCUUCUAGUUUUUUAAGAGGGUAUCGGUGGGACGGUAGCUUCAUGGGUUGAAAGUUGACGCCGGCGGAUUCGCGGUUAUUAAGUAGAAAUUUAGUCCAAGAUUUUGAGUAAAUAUUUACUUCUGUAUAAAUUAAUAUUAACCGUUGUGUUUUGGAGGUUGACUUGGCCUUUCACCUUUAAAAUUUCAAAAUAGUUUCAGAAAUAAGUGAGUUGUAAUGUCUUGUAAUGUCUAGAUAGAGCGUUCUUGAGAACUUGAGAACUAGUGUUUCAGCUUAGAGACUCUAGAAGCCAAAAGUCCAUAAAGAUCAGCUGAAAUAGUGAGAUUUGUAUACCUUGAAAUUUUUCGACGGUUAAUAUUGAUCUGCAUUUUUUAUGGUUGAUGGUACAAAAUUACCUUUCUCAAUGGCUGACAGUUAAGCCCAUUAAGACCCUCUCUUAAUGAUUUGUAUUUUUUUUUUUUUUUUUUUUUUUUUUUGCUGUUUAAAUUUAGUUUUCCGGGCUGAGGACAGCAACACUCACAGGCAUUUAACAGAAUUUAUUGGUCUUGAUAUUGAGAUGACUUUCAGUGAACAUUAUCAUGAGGUAGGUAAAAUAGUAUUGAAAGAUCUGUAAGUUUAAAGUGUGAAGCAACGGAAAGUACGGGCGAACUUCCCGAGAGCGACCACCAAAAUGAAAAGGGUGGGAAGUUUAAGUAACAACAACAACAACGGCUACGAAAACGUCACUUAAAAAGUGAAUUUGCGCUGCUUUAAACUUUAUCUUGCGUAUCCCAUCUCGUUCAAUUCGUCAAAUGUUGGCAAAUUUUUCUGGAGUUGAAUUCUAAAGGACAGUAUCAAAGUUCAGAAAAAGAAAACGAAAGGCGUUGUCUUGUGUUCGCGUCCUCUACAAAACGUGAAACUAGGCAGUUUCACGUCGUAGUCGUGCAAUGACGGCAAAGAAAGUUACAAAAAAGCGUGAUGCACGUGCGAAGUUGUUGUUUUGUCCAACCUAAACCUAUUGCUUUUUUGCCGUUCUCGUUGCCGUCGCCGUCGUCGUUGUUUAAGCUCCCUAGUUAGUGGUCGCUUUCGGGAGGUGGUCGCUUACGAGAAUCGAACUGCAAGUGACCUUUACGAGGAGAAGUGCGGACACAUCAAAUUUGGUGUCAUCCAUGUUGUGUCUAAAAGUUCUUUCCAUACUCUGAGUAAAUGUAGUAGAUACAGCGAUCUCAGAGAUCAGACCAUUGUAUAAAAUGGUCCCUUAGAAGAGGUUAAAAACAAUGGAAAAUUCUAAAACAGUCAUCCUAAAAAGUGUUCGCGGUUGCUUACGAGAGGUAGUCGUUUACUAGGGGUUCCAACUGUAAGGUUUUGACUGGGAAACUAUUUGGUGUUUAGGAUAGGUGGUCAGUCAUGAGAGGGGGUCGCUUUCGAGAGGUGGUCGCACGUGGAGAUUUGACUGUAUUACAAUUACCUGUGAAUGGAAGAAUGGCCGGAUCAUUUUACGUUUCUGUGAAACUACCCACCUGCCCCUCCCCUAAGCUAACAUUAACACUAACUUCUUACUUAGGGCAAAAUGUUGGCUUAGGGGAGGGAUAGGUGGGCAGUUUCACAGAAACGUAAAAUGAUCCAAGUGGCCCAUACUGGAUUACAUUGUAGAUGACUUUGAUUUAUGAUUGUGGACACAUUCCAAAGCCUUAACGAAUCAUACCUUUUAUUUCAUAUUCCUAUGCGCUUUUUGAUGGUGCAUUUUAUUUGUGGCUUCUCACUUUCAACAAACAAGUGAUUGUCUUUUUUUACCACAGGUGAUUGAUAUGAUAGGUCAAACAUUUGUUCACAUUUUCAAGGGAUUGCGUGACAGGUAACGUUUCGUCAACUAUUUUCUAUUAUUAGAGCCCGGGUAUUAGAGUUCUCCUGUAUUUCACAAAGUAAAUGAGUUGGAAUAAUCACGAUGAAGAUUGAAAGAAUGUGAAUUCACUUUUUAAGCGACAUUUUUGCUGCCGUCGCCGACCCUGUAACCUGCGAAUACAGCCGUUUCUCCUCGCUCUUCGCCGCUAGGGACGUUUCGCCAGGAGGAACUUCUGCGCCUCAGCGACAGAAAUUCCGUGCUGAUGACGUAAAAUCUGUCCGGAAUCUUGUCAAGAGCUCUGAUUGGUCGACGGAGUAGUUAUGUUGUUUACGAAUGACUGACAAAAGACAAAAGGCCACAAAGGUCAAAUGUAAACGUGGUAAAUCUACUACAAAACGGUCAAUAUUCCUGGAAUAUAUUCUUCUUUAGAAAAAGCAUCGCAGUAGAACACAAAACUUUAACAAAAUCGAUCAGGAGAAACAUAAAAUCAAACAAAUUUACAUUUGGAACCAAGAGACUAUAAAGGGGACAGAGAGGGCAUCCCUUAUAUACACCCUAUUCCAUAGGUAAUUCGUCUCGAGUUAUUUUUAGAAUCGGGAUAAAGUUACCUCGCGCGAGGCGUGGAUGUUUCGUGGAGGUUUCGCAUGACCAAACGCCGUGCAAAACAUGUCGGGCGAGAGGCAAUGAAAGCGUAAAAAGAUCGAGAGCAUUCCUGAAUAUUGAAGCGAAAUGAGUCGGCGCUCACCUGGGAAAAAGGAAUCGCUGGACUCUUUGACAACCCGUGAAAUCAGUUUAACUCGAAGUUGUCGUAACCUCAGUGCUUUAAUAAAAUGAGAAAUUUCGCCGGUCUAUUGAAACCGGUCGUUUGUACAAUUUAGGGAGUUUAAGAUCCAACGACGCGGACGACAACUAGAACGUCAAAAAAACAAUAGGUUUAAUUAGCAAAACAACAACUUCGCACGUGCAACACACUUUUUUGUUCAUUUCUUUCCCGUUUUUGCACGACUACGACGUGAAAAUGCCUAAUUUCGCGUUUUAUGGAGGACGUAAAUAAGCAACGACGAAAUUUUAUUUCUCUUUCUGAGCUUGAAUAUGGUCCCUUGAAAUUCAGCUUUAGGAGGGUUCGCCUACAAUUGACAAAGUAAGUGGGUAGGAAUAAUCGCUAUAAAGACUGAAAAAAAUAAACAUCAAACCAGAAAUUGCUCUCUUCAAACUGUAAAUUAUAAAUGAUCCUGAGAGAAUAUUCAGUGUGUUAAGGAUUUCCCUGCUCUACUGUUAGCUCUAUACAAAAGAGGAAGGGCGAUUCUUUUUUAAUUUCGGUUUCGCUGACACAGCUUUCGCAGAAAUCUCGCUGUAGUCGUUUUCGUCGACAAAAGGAAUAGCAAAAUCGCUCUCCGCGUCUUCCCCCAUUUUGUUCUGCGUCAUUUCGCGAAGAACGCGUGGCUCUCAGCGUGGGUCAUCCACGCGGAACACAUUCGCGCUAUAUGAUUGGCUGUUGUCUAAUCCCCCUUGAGAUCUGUGGUGUUAAAAAUAACUCGAUACGAAUUACCUAUGGAAUAGGGUGUAUAUGGGGGAUGCCCUCUCUGUCCCCUUUAUAGUCUCUUGUUUGGAACCCAAUGACUACCGGAUUUAUUAUGCAAACAUUGAUUUACGUCAUCAGUAUGGAAUUUCUGUCGCUGAGGCGCAGACGUUCCUCCUUACAUUUGUUGGAUGCAGUUAUUCAGAAUAAACAGUGAUAUUCAGUUGCUCCCGACGAUACCUACACCUAGACACCUUUCUGUAAUAAUGUUUUCACUUCCACAAUGAUUUUUAGGGAGAUAUCAUAACUCCAAUUAUACUACUACAUGAGAAAUUUCUGCAGUUUGAUUGGCUUAGAGCAGUGGUAUUUCAGCUUAAUUUGAAAAACUUACACGUGAAAAUUACAACCUUUCGCGGGUAGUAGUAUAAACAAAUAACAUGAUUUGUACGUAACAUUUGGCAAAAAUACCACUCGUGAUAUUUGAAAAUUGUCUGAAAUUUCACUCGCCUAACGGCUCGUGAAAUUACGUAUAACAGUUUUGAAAUAUCACUCGUGGUAUUUGUGCCAAACAUCACUACUAAUCAUGCUAUUACCUAUUCAAAUGGAGUAAAAAGUUUAGGUACAGGAUAACCCCUUUUGGGGGGUUAUGUUAACUACUCAGUAUUAACUCCAAAUCUGGAGUGAUUUUUACUCCUGAAAAAGAGUUUUUUAAACUCGUUUUUGGAGUUAAAAUAACUCUCCCCCAAAAAGCUACACUGUACGGAAUUAAAUUAAUCCCACUAGAGGAGUUUUUAUAACUCCUUGAAAAUUACUGUUUAGCGUACAUGGAGGGAGUUUGAAUAUUCCUAGGACUUUAAAAUGAUUACUGGUUUAACUUUAAAUUGACUUGUUUCUCCAACAGAUAUGCUGAUGAUAUUGCUAAAGUACAGAAGCAGUACAACAGUGAACCAUUCAAGUUUCUGGAACCAAGGUUUGCUGAAAUGACUAGAACGAUUUUCUUUAAACAAAAGCAUUGAAGAUUUAAAAUGGUUACUACUUUGUGUGAAGCCCAAGUGUGUUUAGCCUGUGUGCAGACGUCCUCUCCGCCUUUUCUGAUGGGAGGGGGCGUCUGUGCACAGGCUUAAGUAUGUGAAACUUCAGGUAACUUCUUCUGUGGGACAGUCUUUCCAUCAGUGGCCCGUCACCACACAGCGGUCCAUCUGCUAUUAUCUGCGAGAUUCACUGGUGUUCAGUGACAGCAUUAGGGAGCUUAAGCAACUACGACGACGACGGCGACAAGUUCAAAAAACAAUAAGUUUAAUGAUCAAAACAACAGCUUUGCACGUGCAUCACGCUUUUUAGUACAUUUCUUUGACGUCUACUGCACGACUACGACGUGAAACCUCCUAAUUUGACGUUUUAUGGAGGACGUGGACAUACGACGACGAAUUUUCCUUCCUCUUUGUGAACUUGAAUAAAAUCCUUAAGAAUUCAACUCCAGGAAAAUUCCCCUGCAUUUGACAUAUUGAGCGGGUGCAAAUAGACGCGAUUAAGUUGAAAGAACGCAAAUUCAUUUUUUUAGAGACGUUUUCACUGCCGUCGUCGUUGUUGCUUAAGGUCCUUUUUAUCAGGGGUCGUUAUGUACCUUCAUUAGUGCUGUCUCAGAACUGUGGCAGGGUUUGUGUGCAGAUUGAAGAGGCGCAUGCAGUCAUCGCAAACCAGAUAGUCAUUAAGUUGGGCGGCAUUAGCUUUUUCAAUGAGUUUGGAAAUGUACUUGGGAUUGUAAACUGGACGAAAGUUAGAAAAAAAACCUCCUCAGGGUCAGCAUUGGCUUUCUUUAGCAAAGGUCGCAGCAUUGCGCAUUUUAGUUCCCUUGGCAUCUCACUAAUAGCAAGUGAUAAGUUAAUAAUCCUCGUAAGCAUAGGUACUUAGGUAGGAUAACACCAGACCUGGCCGUGAUGGAUGCUGGUAGAGGGUCAACUGAACACGACUUGAUUGACCCAGACUUGAUUAACCGAGUAACUUCUUUAAAUGUUAGCGGUUUAAAAAUUUUGAAUUCUGAAUCCGAAGUCAAACAAUUAACAGCAAACGUGGUUGUUGUCAUUCCAUCGACAGACCAGCCACGCGCGAUUUCCCCGCGGAUGCUUUUAUUCUUGAGCGCAAAAAAGUCAGCAAACGCUUUAGCAAGUUCAGCAUCAUUACUGGCCUUUGGAUAUAGCAACCUUCAGAGUUCCUGCGCAAAAGCAUAUUCACAGACUUGAAAAGACGCUUAGGAUCGUUAGAAUUUUCCUGAAUGAAAGUUGAAUAAUACGCUUCCUUGUUGCUUUGUAAUGGAGACCUUUAGAUUCUAAGACGAGGUAAUCUAACCAUCCGUGAAAUUUUGGUAAUCACGUGACCAUGCGCCCGACCGACCGUCCGUCCGCACCACAGGCAUACCAAUGUAAAAUAACUCAACCAGCACGUAUGGCAACCCAAAUGCAACUCGAGGUUAUUUUGGCGGGAAAUCGCAUUGCCACCCGCGUCUUGUGAAGCAGAGACGACUAAAGAGUCAAUAAAGACGAAAACGGGAGGAGGAAAUUGUUUCUGUAUCCGUGUUGUCUAAAGUAUUAAGCUUCAUUAAGCUUAGAUUAAUUGUCAUGUCCACAAAUUUGGAAUAUAGAGAAAAAAUAAAAUGGGCGAAAGGCCAGCGAAGCUCAACGAGAAAAAGAGCGACAGAGAGUUAGAGCGGAAGAUACAGAGCUAUUUGUUGGAAGAACAACAUCAAAAUGUUUUAGCGGCGGUAAGAAAAUGAGAAAUCCUAGCGGCCACCAAGGUGAAAAUGAGCGAGUGAAAAAAAGUGAGCAACAACAGGUACGACAUUUCCUCCAUAAGACGUGUAACUAGGAAGUUUCUGGAAGUUUCACGUUGUGGUCGUGCAAAACAACGGCAAAGAAAUGUACGAAAAAAGUGUGCUGCACGUGCAAAGUUGUUUUUUUGCUAAUUAGACUUAUUGUUGUUUUUUCACCGUUCUCGUUGUCUUCGCCGCUUAGCAUAACACGAUUUUAUAUUUUGUUGAGCAAACUAUAAAUAUUAUCGAGAGCUUCGCUUUUAGCCCUGGCUAAAUCUAUAUAUUAAAUUGUAAUUUUUUUGGUGAAAAAGAUGUACAAUGAAGCUAUCCGGGGUGUCUAUUAUUUGAGAAUACGCCAAAAAACUUUAAGUUAAAUUUCGUACUCGUAAUCGUUCUCGUUCUAGAAACUAAAGAUCCCUAAUAGCUGGUUGACAACGCCUCACUGCCGCAUUAUAUGAUUGAAUCCGCAAGUAGGCAAGAAGAAGCAAAUCCUGUGUUCUGAUUGGCUACCUGAGCUGGCAAAAUAAGCCCAUCGUGGCCGCUCAGGAUUUCCCAUGUCAGUCCCGCAAGAAAAAGUUCUCUUUUUGGCCAUAUAAUAAAAUAAUCCUUUAUUGACCAAGCUUGUUCGGUCAAGAUAGCUGGAUUCUUUGUGGAGUUUUCAUUGACCUCAACUUUAUCUUGGAGUCCAAAAAAGGCAAAAAGGAACUUGGCCAAUAUCCGGCCUUCUUGACCUCACGCUUGGUCAAUAACGCAUAUAUACAGCAAGAAAAAAUCAACAGGACACAUUCCAAAUCAACAACAGCGUGAGCCAUUUGAUAAUCAUCCUCAGCCAUAGUAAAAUGUGUUGGUCAUUAAAGUUGUACUGUCAUCAUAUGAGGUACAAUGCUGAGCUGCCCCGGGGCCGUGGAUUUUCCACAGCUACUAUGAGUAUAACCCCCAGCUUCUUUCAUAGAAAAAACGGAUAAAUACAAUCAAUAGAACUUCCCAGGUGUCCAAAAUCCUGCCUACUAGUAUUGCUUAUACCCAGUAACUUGAAAUCUUCGUGGUCACCCUGAGGUAUCCUCAUAUCAGUAAGCACAAGGUUAUAGUUGUUGCUAAGGCCCUUAGUUUUUUUGUUUGUUUUUUUUUUCAUUUUUUUUAAUUAUUUUUUUAGCUUGGUACUUACUUACCGUGAAGGAGUUGACAUGUUGAGGGAGGCUGGUGUUGAAAUGAAUUAUGACGAAGAUCUCAGGUAAAACAGCCAUGGGGUACAUCUGUAGACUACUGAGUAGUCCCUCACUUUCCGUAGUAGAGCAAGCGAAAUAGUGAGGCAUGUGAAAAUUGCUGUCCACGCCAUUCUCACGGGUGACCAUUUCCAGUAACCUCUCAGGUAGACGUUUUGGAUCCAACGUUUCUGGGAAACAGCUCACCUACCCCUCCCCUAAGCCAACAUUAACACUUCUCACUUAGGGGAAAAUAUUGGCUUAGGGGAGGGGUAGGUGGGCAGUUUCCCAGAAACGUAUAAUGGUCCGACGUUUUUAGGCUUUUUCACGCAUUCCACGUCUACGUGGGAAGCUACAUUUGUAGUUGUAUUCGCGUAUUUUGCUCUCUCUAAAAUCCUUGAGGAGAGUAGCAGAACUGCUCGAAGUCUAGGACAUCUUGACAAUGACAGAGGACGAGGGAAAAGGAAUAUCACCUUUAAGAACGAUGUGCAUGAUUGUGUUUCCUUUUUAGAGGAUGAAACCCAUUAGUAUAUGCCCUACCCCUUCGCGCGCGAUGAUAUGGCUAGCUGGGCGGUGAUUAUCCAAGUACUAUUCACCGCCACUUCGGUAAAUAAUCGUUAUUUAUUUGAUGCUUCGUGGACGUGGGACGUUUAGGCCUUAAAUGAUUCGGAUGAAGCCAAGAGUGCCCCGCUUAAAUUAAUACGGCACAUGCUGAUAGCAUUGUCCUCUUUCACCAGUGCAAUUAAAAAGCGAUUGUCGUUGGAAAUAAGUUUAGGGUUCACAUUUCAGUUAAUACCGUAAAAUUCCGAAAGUAAGCCCCUCCAUGUAUAAGCCCCUCCAAAAAUAAGUCCCCAAACUCUCGUAACGCAAAAAAACCCUCCGUUAAAUGGCCCCUCCAAAUAUAAGCCCCCGAGGACUUGUACUUGGAAAUUGCCCUCAAGUACAAAGUAAAAAAAAGCAAAAACGGUAAAUUUCCUCCAACCAUAGGGCUAGCCGCUUGCCCAAUCAAUUUUGAAACGCAAAUUUCCCUCCGUAGAUAAGCCCCUCAAAAAGGGCCUUUGAAAAAUAUAAGCCCCGGGCUUAUUUUCGGAAUUUUACGGUAUCCUCUAUCCUGUAACUUGCACUUAGUUCAGUUACUUCGUAAUGUCAAAAAUCAUUUAAAAAUAGUUGUAGGCUUUUUGUAUAUGAUGGAUUGUCUUUACUUGUUGUGUACAAGUGACAAACCGAUAUCUACAUCUUUCCCCUUUAGCACUCCAAAUGAAAAGCUGUUGGGCAAACUUGUCAAACAGAAGUAUGACACAGACUUCUUCAUUCUGGAUAAAUAUCCGCUGUGUGUUCGACCAUUCUACACCAUGCCUGACCCACAUAACCCUGUAAGUACUGAAAAACAACAUAAGCAACAGUUAACUCUCUUUCCUUCCCCCGCAAAAUAAGCUGUCGGCAAAAGAAUGGUGUCCGCUACUGGCCAAUUUUGUUUGUGCCUGGGACUGGGUCGGUGUUUUUUCGAAUUGCACUAUGGGAAUGUUUUGCCCAGUUUUCUGCGUAACCUCGCAAUAGUCAAUAGAACUUAUUCACGAUACUCACCUUCUUUGCACGCGGUUUUCUCAGUGCAAAAAAUCGUGGUCGAGUUGGUUUAUUCUAGACAACAGAAAGUGAGAAAAGAUUAUGAGUAAAAAACGAUUCUGGCAAAUUAUGGGUGAAAGUGGUCAUUGCUACUUUUUUGGAUGCAGUUAGCGACCGUGAAUUUCCUCGCACCAAGCAAUAAUAACGAAAAACUUGUUGAUACUCGAACUGUAGACUCGACCGCUAUCAUUCGUAUGUGGCAAAGUUUAUCAUUUGUUUGCCCCCUGAGAUACCACGUGACAUUUGCUUUUAUCCCAUCGAUCCUAAAGCACGUCUGGGUAUUGUGAAUAAGGUCUAUUUAAAGCGAUAGCGACCCAAAACCCCAAAACAGUUUUCUGGAAGAGGAGCCCCAUCGGCAAAAGACCAAUUUCGAAAUAUUAAAAUUCAAACCUGGCUACGAGGUUUAGGGAAUAAAACAGAAGUAAUGUAUUAUUCAUUUUUGAGCCUCAAGAAGAUUUCUUUUGUUUUAGGGACAGACCAUUAUUUUUUGAAGGGGGCGGGGUUUGGAAAAUUUUGAAAUAAAUUGUUUGCAGAGGCUGCCAACACUGAAAUAAAUUGUAUGCAAGUAAAAAAAAGUGUUUGCAGGAAGACGGAGACUCACAAGAAACAUCGUUUGAAGCACGUAGGAGCCGCAUAUGUAUUAUUUAUUUUUUUGAUAAUACCUGAUGUUUGUAACCGUGUAUAAGUAAAGAUGAUGAUGGUGAUGAUAAAAAAUGUUCGCAUGUGAAAAUUUUCCAACCCCCCGCCCCGUCAAAAAGUUAUGGUCCGUCCUUUAUUCCCCUAAGCCUCGGAGCCAAGUAUGAAUUUUAAUAUAUCGAAAUUCCAGGUUGGUCUAUUGAAUACAGCACCGACCCACUGUCUGUGCAACAUUUGCGGUUAAUGUGGAGAGCUAAGUUACAGAAGGACGUGUGAAAUUUUGGCCAGAAGCAGCUGAUCAGAUAUGGCUCCCUUGGUACAGCCACAGCCUAUAAAGAUAUCUGUUUAGAAGAUAUUGCCUUGUCCCCAUUCGCUAGCAAACACUGUCUUUUUUUUUUAGGGGGGGGGGAAAAUAUUUGAGUUAAUGAUUAAGGAAAGGGGGGGUGGAAGGAGUGAUGGGAAGGGGGAGAAACUCCCCGCUCGCGUUCCGCCCUCGUUCCCAUCAUCCCCCUCUCUCGCUUUUCGCUUGUCUCCAGUAUCCCGCUUUAAAAGUCCGUGCUCCCAACUAAGACUUGAGAAAGACCGUUGAGGCGGCCGUAGAGAAAAUCAGUUGAUCACACCAAGGAUUUAAAAAUUAGCUCUUUCCCGUCGGUUGAAUAAGAGUCAUAGACGUUUUAGAUCUUGAUUUUAUAAAUGGACAACCAGAGUCACUUUCGAGUUUGUGAAAGCUUAAGUGUUGAAAGAGAUUCCACAUCAUUCACAUUACAUUUUGUAUUCUCCCUUUCAAGGAAUGGAGCAAUUCUUAUGACAUGUUCAUGAGAGGAGAGGAAGUGUUGUCAGGAGCUCAGCGAGUACACGACCCCACCCUACUGACGGAGAGGGCUAAACUCCAUGAAAUAGGUAAGGUUCCUUGUUGCAUUAUUUUUUUUUUAACCUAUUCGCCCCUGGAUAUUUUGUUGUUGAAGGUUUGUUGAUGUUCUUUCACUCUCACAUGCUUAUGAUUAUUGCUUCCUGACCAUCCACAAAUGCGCUUUAAAUUUUACCGUCUCUUUUUAUUUAUCACUACAUCAACUUAAGUCACAAAUUUAAAUUAUGGGAAAGAAAAAAAGCAGCUCAUGUCCAGGGACCAUGAAUGCGACGUGUAGUUAGAGACCUUUAGAGUAGCCUGCGAGCAAGCUCUCCAUUUGGGAGAGUCGCGAGCAGUCACGCGAGAGCAGCACGUGAAAGGAGACGCGACAUUGUCCUCUCCCGUUCUCUUCGCUCGCCAUAAAUGGAGAGUUUGCUAGCCCUAAGUAGUCUACCUUUAGAGACGAGGAAGAGAUUUUCUUACUAUGUAGUUCGCUUGUGAACUAGCGUCAUUUUUUUUGUUUUUUGUUUUAAUUGCACUUAAAAAAAGAAGAGUACAAAAGAAAAAGAACACAACACAACACUAUACAGCACUGAAAUGUAGAAGUUGUAACAUGUGCAUUUGUUGGAUAGUUACCAGCAUCAUUUUGGCGGGAAAACGCGACAGUCGUCGUCAUCGGGUUACUACGGGUUUUUGGCGAAAAUGUCGUAGUGACGUAACAAGUUUUCAAAUGCCUCAAGUUUUAUCAUUUUGCGAUAGAGAUAUCGCUUAUUAAACUUAUUCAUUCUCUAUUCAUAUAUUCAGAUAUUGAGAAGAUCAAAGCUUACAUUGACUCCUUCCGUUAUGGAGCUCCACCCCAUGGCGGAGGCGGAAUAGGUGAGUUUUUUCUUCUUUUCUAGUUGUUCAUGCAUCUUGGCCGUAUUCUAGUUAAAUAUUCACAUAACCUGUACACAAUAAUUAUCUGACUUGUAAAGCAUCCUGUACCUUAAAACCCGGUAGGACCUUGAGCGCUAAUUAAGCGUCCUUUAGCCUGCUUAGCAAUCGUUCCCGUGCGGUUUCGGAUCAAAGAACGGGGAACGAGAGUCAAAGACGGCGCGAAAAAUGGUGCAAGUGAAAGAGCGGGGAAGGGGGGUGGGGGGGAGAGAAAGGUUGGCUCUCGUUCCAUCCAAUUUUUCGCGCGGCCAAAACAGAAAAUCAGUUUCGUGUCUUACAAACGUCUUUCUAGCAUUAUUUCAAACGUUUCAAACAAAAAACUUUGAAAAAUAUUUAGGCUAACAAGUUUUAAAAACCGCAAUUCCGAUCCGUUUUAGUCUUCUUCAAUUUUGUCCGUCCGUGCUUUCUUUUGUGUUUGCUGUGUUACUUUUACCUUCCCAUUUAACGUUUAAACGUUUAUUUUUAUAUUUUACUCAAUUUGGUGGCAGUUUUUACUGUAUGAAUUAUUAUAAAAUUUCGUCACACAACUCCUUAAAAUGAAUAAAGUGGUUACCCUGCGAGAACAGGUUUCUCUCUUGCAUGGCUUUGGCGUAAACAAACCAACUACGCGACAGGCAAGCCACUUGAACGACUUCGUAAACACUAAAAGCCAUGCAAGAGAAAAACCUCUGCUCGCCGGGUAGAAAGGGUUGGUUUCUAAAGAAACUGUGGCCGAGAGUGAAACACAAAAAUUUGGUUUUAUCGACAUAGUGUAAAAAGAUUGAAAAGCUGACUUGUCCUCGAGAUCUCUUCUUAGCUGUAAAAAAAACGGCGCCAGCUACUCAGGCGCACUUUUCAAGUGCUAGCUCUUCGUCAGAGCAAAUAUCGUUGUCGUCUUAUCAGCCUACAAGGAGUGUGUGUCGAUCGAAAGAAGUUUUAAGGCCUUGGCCAUCUUGAGAUAUUUCGGUAAAUGGUCGGAAGCGUUCGUACAUCCUUCGUGCGUUCGGGAUUGGUUGGGUUUUCGCCCAUUCCCAUUCCCAUUCCCCCAUUCGCUGCGUAGUUCCCUCCCGUCUCCUCCCUUGUAACUUAUAUCGCUUGGGAUCCUUUACUUAACUUUUUUCCCCGUCUCUCCCCUCCCAGGUCUGGAGCGAGUGGUCAUGUUGUACCUGGACCUUCAUAAUAUCAGGAAGAGUUCCAUGUUCCCACGUGACCCUAAGCGCGUCACUCCU